AUGUCGAAGCGAGGGCGCGGAGGUUCCGCUGGUAACAAGUUCCGGAUGUCGCUGGGUCUGCCAGUGGCAGCCACUGUCAACUGUGCUGACAACACUGGUGCCAAGAACCUGUACAUCAUCUCCGUCAAGGGAAUCAAGGGGCGCCUCAACAGGCUUCCUUCUGCCUGCGUUGGUGACAUGGUUAUGGCCACUGUCAAGAAGGGAAAGCCUGACCUCAGGAAGAAGGUCAUGCCGGCUGUCAUCGUCAGGCAGCGCAAGCCGUGGCGCCGAAAGGACGGUGUCUUCAUGUACUUUGAAGACAAUGCUGGAGUCAUUGUGAACCCAAAGGGAGAGAUGAAAGGUUCUGCCAUCACUGGACCGAUCGGGAAGGAGUGCGCCGACCUGUGGCCCAGGAUCGCCAGCGCAGCGAAUGCCAUCGUCUGA